AUGGCAGCCCUACGGCUACUCUCGCGUCUAACCAGGCCGCCUCGCCUCAGGUGCGGCCUCCUCGCUCGAGCGAGCGCGGCGCGCGUCCCCGAGGCCGCGCUCUGCGCCUUGUCCAAUCGCCGCGAGCCUCGCUCCCCCUCGUUCCAAAGGGCGGGGCGGGCCCUCAGCACUCUCUCCACGGAGGGCUUGGUGCGAGCGGCCCCCGGCUCUCUUCAGCCCUACUUACGCCUCAUGAGGCUGGACAAGCCCAUUGGGACAUGGCUGCUGUAUCUUCCUUGCACCUGGAGUAUAGGCCUUGCAGCUGAACAGGGCUGUUUUCCCUCCUGGUACACGCUGUUACUCUUUGGCACUGGAGCCAUCCUGAUGCGGGGAGCAGGCUGUACAAUUAAUGACAUGUGGGAUCAGGAUUAUGACAAAAAGGUUGCAAGAACGGCAUGCCGGCCGCUGGCUGCUGGAAAGAUUUCAACUUUUCAAUCUCUUGUCUUUCUUGGAGGGCAGCUGAGCUUGGCUUUAUGUGUCCUUUUGUGUUUAAACUAUUACAGUAUUGUGUUAGGAGCAGCCUCUCUCUCUCUCGUGGUGACCUAUCCCCUUAUGAAGAGAAUAACAUACUGGCCUCAGCUGGUCUUGGGUCUCACCUUCAACUGGGGUGCGUUACUUGGGUGGUCGGCUGUCAAAGGCUCUUGCGACUGGUCUGUUUGCUUGCCCCUGUAUUUCUCGGGAGUCCUUUGGACACUGAUAUAUGACACCAUUUAUGCUCAUCAGGAUAAAGAAGACGACAUUGCCAUUGGUGUGAAAUCGACAGCCCUCCGAUUCAGUGAAAACACGAAACAGUGGCUCAGCGGCUUCAGUGCCCUGAUGCUUUUGGGGCUGACGGCAACAGGAAUGAACUGUGAUCAGACUUUCCCGUACUAUGCAGCUGUGGCAGCUGUAGGCAUCCACUUGGCGCAGCAGAUAUACACUUUGGACAUACACAGUCCUGAAGAUUGCUGGAAAAAGUUUUCUUCUAACCGCACCGUAGGACUCUUGCUUUUCAUAGGGAUUGUUCUUGGGAAUUUACAGAAAAGCAAAGAUACAGAAGAAACACGGAAACCUUUAGGUAGUACUUAGUGC